AAGAUAAAGAAGAGCACGAAAAAAAAAAAGAAAAAAAACACACACAAAUCCUUCCCCCUCAGCGACCACAGACUCCGUCUGAUUGUUCGUCGCCCCUGCUGAUCCUGCUGCCACCGGACUGUGUAAAUGAGUUACAUUCAUCCAUAAAACCCUGCUAAUGUGUGCAAGUGCGUGUCUGCGUGUCAUUAAGGAAAGAGACGUGUGUUUCUUUUUUUCCGUCGGAGAUAAAUAAUUGAAAAAAAUGCGGCUGUCCGACUGCGCAUCACCGGGAGUCAGCAGGGAAAUGCUGCGCCAAUGUCCCGGCUGAGAGACGGAGCACAUCUUCUCCAGUAGCCGGCUGCUCCGCUGCCCAUGAAACAAUAAUAAUCUUCGGGAAAUUAAAAAGAUCAUUUCUAUCGCGGUAAGUUCCUCUUGUGCUGCAUGUUAAGGUUUGCUGUUAGCGACGCGCGGCCUGUGUAGGACACGCACAUCCGGGACUGAGCUGUUUUUCCGGAGCAGUCAUAAUAUUUUAUGAAUCAUAACUUGUUAUGAUGCGGGAGCGCGCCUGCUGCGCAACAGGUCGCCGUACAGUAGCGGGGACGCGCAUCGCAGCGCCGAAUUUUGCGCCCGUUUCCAAAACAUCGGCGUAAAGAAAAAGGAAAAAAAAAAAAAAAACCCACAUCGUCCUGCUGUUGUUCCUACAGUGUAUGUGCUGAUGGACACGUUUUCAUUUUGACAAAAUGGGAGCGAAAAACGCGUUUUGCCAGAAACAAUGGAGUCGUUUUAAAAACACGGAAAAAACAUGAUCAGGACAACUAGAGAGUUAUCGGCUGAAUGUGUUUGUGGAAAUGUGAUCGAUUACACACGGAUGUGCUCGUUCGUAGCCUAAUGAUUAUGAUAAUCAUGGUGAAUUAGUUGAUUGGUUCGUGAUUCACUUGGCUCCUCAGGUCAUGAGUCACAGGUUAACGCUCUGCUUAUGGACAUUAUUUUGGAGUCUUCAGCCAAACCAGGCUCCCGUAGAUGCUCUUUAUUAAUCAUGUGCCGCGUUCACAGCUGCAUUGUCACUGAGCUUCUAUCUGUGCAUCAAAGCUAUGGAGCAUCUUAAUAUUCUGUUCAAGUCCCACAGAGACAGAGACGGAGACAGUGGGUGGUGGUGGAGGGGUGUCACCAAUGUGUCCAGGGUGAAAAAUUAUGUUUCUCUUCAAUCUGGCUGUCUCUCUCUCUUUCUCUCUCUCACACACAUGCACACACACACAGACACACUCCACGUGGUAUAAGCAGUGGUGAUGAGGGUGAAAAAGGGAAGCAUUGUCCCCUUCAGUCAGUGGCCUUGUGUGUUGGAGAGGUAGAGGGGGAGAGUGAGAGGGUGAUGUUCACUCAGCUGUGCUCCCCUUACGCCAUUGUUGCACAUUCCGCCACCAUUUCCUCCAGCUCUGUUUACUGACGGACACACACACACACACACACCUUGAAUAGAUCUAAGGAUGCAGCAGGAUGUGUGUUGUUCUGCAGUGACAUUUGACUUGGAUUAAGAAAAGUAAUUUAUCUCUCACGUUGGCUUUUGUGUCCACACCUUUGUCCACAGUAAUCCAUAACGUCCAUCAACGGAGCCUCUGUCAGGACACAGACUUUACGCUCACAACAACAGACUACACAUAAGAAAUGGCCGAAUGCCGUUGUAGAUUAUUGUGAGAAGUGAAGGAGAAGACAACGUGACUUUCUUGGGUUCUUGAAGCUUCAAAUGUGUCCAGUAGCCGUCCUCUGAAGUUCUACUGUUACAGACUAUGGGUGCAGUUAUAGUUCUGGUCCAAAGAGGGUGAAAGAGGUUUCUAUGUGGAUUAUCUGCUUUGGAGACUUCUGAAGAAGAGAGCAGCGACAUUGAUUCCUCGUCUUCUUCUCUUUAUCCAUAAUCAAUUAUUUUCUGCAGCCGUAGUCUCCACUUGUUUUACCCCUUCGGGGGAAUAAACAUUCACGGACCACUGAGGUUGAGACCUUUAUAGACGGAGGCUGUGAUGAAGUGAUGAACCUGCACGUUGGUGUAUGCUAAAGAAGAGGCAGCAGUGGACUCCUGGAUGAAAAGAAGGGGUGUUCAUUUGCCAUUUGAAUGCAAAGUAGUGGAUGAACAAGUGAGCUGUGUGUGUGUGUGUAAAGGGGAGAGAAAAAGAAAGAGGGAGGGCCAACGGUGAGUUUUGAGAAAGGGAAACUUGUUGAAACUGUCACACACAUGCCUCUUUGGAACUGUAGUUCAGCUUUUCUUUCCUCUGCACCAACAAUGCCGCCAACAUGGACUCGCUGUCCUGAGACUAAUCCAAGGCCGAGCUUCCACUUUCACAUUUCUGGAGGAGAUGCACACAGAUUUCUUUUUUCCUUUUUCGAGGCCUCUCCUGAAGUUGUUUAGAUGCAUGAAUUUUUCAGUUUGCUGGGAGACAGAUUAAACGUUGCGAUUUUGGCCGAUGCGUUCCUGCAGGCUGCAGAAGUAUGUCUCGGCGGAAACAGAAGCGACCCCAGCAGCUGAUGAGCGUGACCCUCGGUGCAUGUCGGACACUUGAGCAUGAUGAUCACUUGGCAGUGAAGUCACCUUCCUAUCCAGUAAACUUGGACUCUUCCUUGUGUUAUACGUCUCCUCCUCAAAGCUCCCAGCUGCUCCUGACGCUGCAUUCAUCUUUUAAAGGGUCUCAGACCCUGACUCUGCCCAUUGAGGGUCCACGUUUAUCAGGUUUACUCAGCCCACCCUCCAAUUCAAUCCACCAGGGCAAGCAGCCAAACCUUCUCUCUGGUUUUGCCAAACAGACCCUUUCUUCCAAAGCUCCACAUCCACCUCUGCUACAACUGUCUGGUUGUAGUCUCACAUCUUCUGCAAGUUCUCUCACCUACACUUCACGAGGUACACACAUGGCCUCUCCCAAGUUGGGGCUUUCAGCCACCACGACCACCUCCUCAUCCUCCUCAUCAUCGUCUGCUUCUCUUUGUCCACCACCACACCCUGGCAGUCCCAGCCGUGUGCCUGAUGGACCCCCAAGUCCUGUUACACCUACUCCCAGUCCAGGAUUGACAUCUGCAUCAGCUACAUCGUCUAAGGCCCAGAUCAGCAUCGCCCUCAUUCUGGAGGAGCUUCGUGUGCUGCAGCAAAGGCAGAUCCAUCAGAUGCAGAUAACAGAGGAGAUCUGUAGACAGGUGCUACACCUAGGGGGCGCCUCCUAUACGGUAGACACUCCUGCACAUCAUCAUUUACCUUCCUUGCCUCAGCUCUGCUUAGAAGGCAGCAAAAGGGCAGCCAGUCCAACUACCCAACCAACUCCACCCCAACCUUCUGCUACUGUUGCCCCUCUGUUGGCAUGUUUUGUCAACAAGCCCACAAAGCCUAUCUGUUCCUCAUCCCAAAUCCUACAGCCUCACAAGCCACAGAUGGAAGGAACAGGAGGGUCUUCAGGGGCGGCAAGCAAUCUGGGGAUGAGCGCUCAAUCUUCCCCAGCCAGCACCACCUCCUCGGCUGCCUCCAAUUAUCCACUAGCCUUGUCUUUAGCUCUGCCUAAUCACUAUCUUCAUGAGAAAUCUAAUAACACACCUUCACUGAGUGGGCAAAGCAGCCUGUCAUUUUUAAACUCAUCCUUUUCCAAUACAGCACCUACUGGCCCAAACUCUCAACACCCUGGCUCCAGUGGGGGAGAAUCAGCCCAUUUGCCCAGCUCAACCACUUCUGGGCGCCUCCAGCAUGUCUGUCGAUUUUGUGGGAAAAUGUUAAGCAGUGAUUCAGCCUUGCAGAUACAUCUACGCUCACACACAGGAGAACGGCCCUACCAGUGCCCAGUGUGCCUGAGUCGCUUCACCACACGAGGAAACCUGAAGGUGCACUUUCUACGCCACAGAGAACAAAAUCCAGAACUCUCACUGUCGCUACUGCCACCAUCAUUGUUCGGGGUAGCAUUAGGGGCCGCUGGAGGACCAGAUAUGGUACAGGCCAUGGGCAGUAGUAGCAGUAGCAGUGGUGAUAUUAAUAUGAAGAAACGGAAAAUCAGGUCUGAGGAUGAAGCCUGUGGUGAUAAAUUUGAUGUCAGUGGCACAAACACCAACUUAUCUCUGGGUGUGUCUGGAGGAUCUACCCCUUCCACUCUACCGUUGCCCCCAACUGUGGAUUUGGCAUUGAUUUCCCACUCUAUCCUGCAGCUGAAUAGGGCUGCAGCUGUAGCUGCAGCAGCUUCUAUUGCUUCUGCCUCGUCAAACUCUCCCUCCUCCUCUUCAGCCUCCAUUUCUUCACUGGCUUCAUCCCUUCUCUCAAUUCCUUCUUUGUCUUCAUCUUCCAACAUCACAGGGUUGCUCAAGAGUGCGAAGCAGCAGCAGCAUUUUGAUGAGAACACUCCUCCUCAUACACCAAUGAUUUCUCCUGCUGCUUAUUCCCAACUAUCUCACCUUCCUAAGCUGCUUUUUCCAUCAGCUUCGUCUGCGUCUACCUCUGUUGCACACUCGUCCCUCUACAACAGUCAAGCUCUAAGCCUGCUCCGCUCACACCUACCCACGACUGCAGGCUCCCUUCACCUGCCUUCUUCCAGCCAGUCUCAGCUUUCAUUCCCAUUCUCUACUUUUCCCAAAGUUCCAGGUGCAUCUGCCUCAAAUCCCUCUUCCAUACCGCCCUCCAUGGCCUCUUCUAUUCCUACAUCUGAAACCUCCAAGCUGCAGAGGCUUGUGGAGAAGAUAGAGAAAGCUCCUCCACAUCCCUCUGCUCCAUGGGCAUCCUCUUCAACCUCUACAUCCAUUCUAGAGAUGUUAGCCAACACUAGCACUACCUCUUCAUCAGGUUCUGCCGGCAGUCAUUUAUCAAACGCUAGCACUUCUGCUACAUAUGUUGUAGCAUCAAAACCGUCUUCCUCCCUGCUCACUUCUUCUCUUUCCAACCUCACCUCUGAGAUGAUGGCCACCCUAGGUAUGCGGAACAGUGGAGCAAAUGCCAUGGUUAGUGGCAUGCUACCAUCAUUGAACCCACCAGGUACAGCUGCCGGUCUGACGAACAACCAGUGCGGGGUUUGUCUACGAGUACUGAGCUGUCCCACCGCACUACGUCUGCACCAGGCUACACACCUAGGAGAACGCCCUUUUCCAUGCAAGCUGUGUGGCCGAUCAUUCUCUACCAAAGGGAGCCUGCGCUCACAUCUGGCCACACAUCAUGCACGACCUUCCAAUGCCCGUGUCCAGAACUCGUGCCCACUGUGCCAGCGCAAGUUCACUAACGCCCUGGUGCUCCAGCACCAUAUUCGUAUGCACCUUGGUGGACAGUUGCCCCCAGAGGGCAUAGAGGAUUCUGCACGAUCUCUGCAAGAGAUUUUACCUGAAUCUGAUGCAAAACCUGUGACUCAUUCCCAGUCAAAUGAUUCUAAAGUCGACUCUCGUAAAUCACCAUCUGUGUCCAGUCCAUCUGAGAUCCCAAUCCUAAAUUCUAAUCCUCCAGCUCUUGUCACAGGCAGUACAAAGACUGCUGAUUCUACUCUACAGAAUCCAAGCAUGUCUAAGUCCUGCAGCCCAGACCUCAUUCAAUCUUUGGACUCUUUCACAAAUCCCACAACACAAUCUUCAACACCAGUUAAUGUGGACCCCCUCGCCCUUUGUGUCAGUGACCCAACGUCAUCUUCUAAACAGACGGAUCAGGUUUCCCCAGCCAACAAAGUCCACCAAGUUGAACAAGUUGACACAGAUAUUCAAAAACCCACCCUCUCACCAAGCUCCUCCACUGAUAUGAAAAUUACAAUAAUGUCCAUGGAAUUGGACGAUGGAGAUGACGAAUUAUCUGCUUCUGUUAAUGCCUUUCUAGGCUCCAGUCUGAGGUUGGACAAUAUAGAAAAUAACCAAGAGAGUGAUGUCAUUGGUGGUUCUGAGACAGCACCAUCUUGUCCAAAUCCAUCCUCAAGCCUGUGUUCAGAUGAUCCUAAUGUUGAUGAAACACAAACUGUGGAAUCUCUCUCAGUGUUCUCAAAACCUCAGUCACCAGAACCAAUGGAAGAAGACAAAAAUUGUUCUCCACCACCAACACCAAAGCAAGAUCAAGCAGCUGUGUCUGAGGAGGACCCCAAAAAGACCUGCAAUGUUGGAGCAACAGACACUGCUGAUACUGAAACAAGGGCUCCUUUACAGAGAGCUGCUUCUUUUGUAAGAGAGACGCGCCAGAGCUUUCAUUUCGGAUCUUAUCGGAGGGAAGAUCAGAGCAGAUUGGCUACAAGUGAAUCAUUGGAAUCUGCCAUUAGCCUUGCCCCGACUCUGCCAUCUCCAAUAUCCCGUCCCGAGAAGAAGACCUAUUGCUGUGCUGAGUGUGGAAAGGAGUAUGCCAGUCGUAGUGGACUUAAGGGCCACAUGAAGCACCACGGCGUCCUCAGCAAACCGUCUCGUCCGCUGGUCCGAAGUAGCCGUUCCUCCACUGACCAACUUCAGUCUUCCACAUCUGUGACUUCCCUCAACAUUCCGGCUACCAGGAGCUCGGUAGGCUUCUGGAACCAGUACCAAGCCUUUCUUAACACCAGUAAAGAACCAAAUGAUGACCCAUCUGCUGGACUCCAGGGGGAGAACGAGACAGCACAAUCCAUAAGUUCACCCUCUGGAUCUCAAAUAGACCCUGGAGUCUUCGAGGACGGUGCAGAAGACUCUGGUGAAGGGUCGUAGCUCAGUCAGUGAGAUCAUCUGGGUGAUUUGUUGGUGUUUUUGUAUUCAGUGUUUACGUUUUGGUGAAAUUGUAUGGACUUUUCUCGUGUGCUUCCUUAAAGAAGCCUAUCUGUUUACUAGUCAGAGUAAUAUGUAUCAGUGUGAAGGUAAUGAGUCAAAACGCCUGGUCAUGUGAUCAAAAACAAACAGGUACAAGUAAAGAUAAAAGAUACUGAAGAAGUAACAAAAUGAGUCCAGGUUUGACUGGAUUUACCUUAAAUAAGCAGUUUUACCUCAGUCUGUGACGCUGGUUCUCAAACUUGAUGGGGAUUCAUGUAGUAGAAAUAAGGCAGAGUUCACAGAUGUUACUGUGUCUAAGAUUUUUUUAAGUUAGAGUUGUUUAGAAUCUUAAUAGUGGUAGGGCCUUUAGACCAGAAAACAAGUUUGAGAACCACUCGUCGAACUGAAGUUCUUGAUACUAUGAAGCACAUUCUAACAUUGUUGUUGUUGUAUCGGUGUUUAUAACAAUUUGCAAAAGGUUUCCCACAGGCCCAGGUGUUUUAUUAUUAUGUCAUUAUUAUUAUAUCUGAUUUAUUAAGCCACCAGGAAAUGUACUGAUGUAAAUUUGGGUCAUCAUGUAAACAUUUUGUGUCAUAUGUGACACAUUUGAAACUUUUUGCACCAAUAGAGGUGUAGACUUACCAAACUGGAUCUUGGUCCAUGUCCAAUCAGCCAUUAUUAUUCCAUCAGUUCAGGAGGACUGAAAUAAAUAAGGAAGUGAAUUAGACAUUUGAAUCUGAAUUUUGUGGGAGAACAAAAUCUUAGUAUUUUACAAAGUGUACCAACAUUUCAGAGAAUGGGGGUAAAUAAGUGGGGUAUUAACUUUUUACAACACUGUCCCGUUGAAGCAGAAACACUGAUGCAGUGUUUUCUUUCAAAAACACAAAACUUUAAGCCUGGUAAAAGUAUAAUCAUGACUGUUGUUUGGUCCAAAUGUUUAUCUGUAACAUUUAUUUCAGUUAGCACAGUUACUAAAACCAUGAGUUACUACUGUAUGUACAGCAUAUGACAAGUCUGUCCGUUUGUUGUAAACUGUUAAUUCAGUAUCUGCAUAUUAAAAAUGAGUUUGAGGAGAAAAAACUAUCCUUUUUAUGUUGUUAUUUAUUUAAAAUUGUAGCUGAGACGAGGCACAAUUAAUUGACUCACAAUUAACUUCACAAAACAAAUUAAAAUUAAAAUAUACCCUUUACAUUUAGCAUUGCUAUAUAUUUAUAUCAGGACAUAUUAAUUAUGUAUAUACAAUUACCCUGCAAUAUUUAUUAAUGUAUUAAUUCCAACUCUAAACUUAAGGGGUAAAUUUAUAUAUUUAUAUAAAAUAAAUUUGUCCUGAGUUGAAAUUCGCAGUUUGUACAUAAGAUGGCGCAAUUUCUCCCUCAGGCCUCCUCUGGUCCUGACUACACUGCUCUGCUCAAUGAUAAAUGACCAUACGUUUAUUCCUAUAGUCACGUGGGUUGCGUCCUCGACUUUUUUUUUUUAAGCAGCCUGAUUUGUUCCGGAUUUGUUGUCCUGCAACGUGAACCUUCACUUCACUGCAGCUGACCACAGUCUGAUACAUUUUAAGGCCCAUUAGGGCAUU